AUGACUUCCAACACAUCGUCAGGACUGAAUGUUAUUGCCCUGAUAUCCGGCGGGAAGGAUUCCCUGUACUCGAUUCUGCACUGCAUCAGAAAUGGACAUCAGGUGGUGGCUUUGGCGAAUCUUCAUCCUCCUAUAAGAUCAGAUGAGUCGCAACAGGAGGAUAUGGACAGCUUCAUGUAUCAGACGGUUGGGUACAAGGUCAUUCCUCUCUACGAGACCGCCCUAGGCAUCCCACUGUACCGGGCGCCCAUCACAGGAGGCGCGGUGGACACCUCAGGAGUGUACCGCAACGAUGCAGAGGACCAGACGGCAGAGUCAGUACCGGGACAUGACGACGACGAGACUGAGUCUUUGAUCCCUCUGCUCAGGCGGAUCAAGCGGGAGCAUCCAUCUGCGAACGCCGUCUCCGCCGGCGCCAUUCUGUCCACGUACCAGCGAACCAGGAUCGAAAAUGUUGCCGGCCGUUUGGGACUCGUCCCGCUUGCGUGGUUGUGGAUGUAUCCCCAUUUACCUCCACCGGAAGAGCGGAAAGGAUCGUCUGAUUCCAUACCUCCUUCGGAUACUGGUCUCUUGGAUGACAUGGCCUCCUGUGGGUGCGAGUCAAGAAUCAUCAAGGUCGCGUCGGGAGGGCUGGACGACGAUUUUCUUUGGGGAAAUGUCGCGUCUCAGGACGGCCAGACGAGGAAGCAGAUUGCGAAGGCGAUGAGGAGGUUUGCUGCGGAGGAUCUUCGAGGAGCCGUUCUGGGGGAGGGAGGAGAGUACGAGACGCUGGCCCUCGACGGUCCCGACUUCCUCUGGAAGCAGAGGAUAGUCGUCGAAGAACGAGAUCGACAGGUCAGAAAGGGAGACGGCGGCGUGAGUUAUGUCACCAUCACGGAAGCAAAAUGCGUGCCAAAAGCAGCAAACGCGGCCAGCAUACAACCCGAGUCUGUGAGACUACCAUCUAGACUGGAUGAUUCUUUUGAGCGCGCUCUCAACGAGAUACGGACGAGGUCGGAGGCUUAUCAGGAGGAUUCUAUUGCUGAUCUGCAACCGACAACUAUCACACGUCGUUCUCAGGCAGAUAUUGGCAUAACCCAAUCGAGUGAUGGAAGCCUGUGGGCGAUAUCGAACCUUACAGCUCCUGAGGCUGGUCCUGGGGCGGGCGAACAAAUGAACGGAAUCUCUAAGAAGCUCGAGCAGAUCCUGGAGUCGUAUACAGAUCCGAGACACCGCAGGCGAGCGCCAGAAGAUAUCGUCUUUGCUACGGUGCUCCUUCGAUCGAUGGAAGAUUUUGCGUCCGUCAAUGGGGUCUAUGUCUCCUUGUUCAAGAAGCCAAAUCCUCCAGCCCGAGUCACGGUGGCAUGUGGAGACAGUCUACCGGACGGGGUGGAAGUCAUGGCUUCCUUCGUUGUUGACCUGGGCCCGCGAGAUAUGAGACAGGGUCUGCAUGUCCAGUCACGAUCGUACUGGGCACCGGCGAAUAUAGGACCGUACUCACAAGCCAUCACCGUGCCCAGCAGCCCAGGUCAGGCAAUUGAGUCCGGUGGCGGACUGGUGUUUAUUGCUGGACAGAUUCCCCUGGAUCCAGCCUCUAUGGAGGUUGCAGAUGGGCUGUCCACGGACGAGGAUACAUGGUUCGAGAAUUUCAGCUUACAUGCAACAUUAUCUUUACAGCAUCUCUGGAGAAUAGGCGUCGCAAUGCGGGUCGACUGGUGGCUUGGGGCUGUGGUCUUCUUGGCUAAUGAUCAGC